UAUAAAACGGUGAUUGCAAGGCCACACCGACCAAAACAAAGCGACCAUGACAAUAAAAUCAGUGUGAACGGAAAGUUUGACUCUGCCGUUGCGCGUCUUGUGUUAUUUUGAAUGAGAUGAGUCGCAGAACGCCAGCUGUCGCAGAAUAUCACAUCCAGAAAAUGAGCUGACAUUCACACUAGCCACCGGACACCGCCAUAGCAGAGCGUGCGCCGUUAUUCCUGCGCAUUUACAUGGAGAAAAGAAUGCUUUUUGCUGAACGGAUAAACAGAUAGUGACUGCAUUGUUGAUUUUUGCUCAACCAAUGAUAGGCUACUUGGAGGUUUUUACGCAUGUGACUGCAUGGACAGAUCAACUUUACAGAGAGGUUGGAUGCAUUGAUUCUGAAAAUAAUAAUAAUAAUAAUAAUAAUUCUAGCUCACUGAUAUCGUGUUUUAUGAAAGGAUGAACUCAAUAUUGUUUGGGGAAGGUUUUUUGGGCGAUAUGGUGAGCGGUGCGCCACAGGACGCGGUGCCGAGAGCGCUGCGCAACGACCUGGGCUCCAACAUCCACGUUCUCAAGACCCUCAACCUGCGGUUCCGCUGCUUCCUCGCCAAAGUCCAUGAGCUGGAGAGAAGGAACAAACUCCUUGAGAGCCAGCUGAAGCAGGUCUCGGAUCAGCCGAGGUAUCCAGGCUUCUCGUUUACGCGAGAGGUGGCUGUCCAAACGGACUCGCUGGAAUCGCGACUUCCAGGCACCAUCUGGAAUUUUACGCAUGUUCGGAGACAGGGAGAGCGCGUGGAGACCGUGCAUGGGCCCGGGGUCACCUGGACCCAUCCGGACGGGGUUGGAGUCCAAAUUGACACCAUCACCCCAGAACUAAGAGCCAUAUAUAAUGUUCUGGCCAAAGUCAAACGGGAGAGGGAAGAGUACAAAAGAAAAUGGGAGGAGGAGAUUUCGAGGAGAGAACAGAUGGAGUUGAUGGUCCAGACGCUGCAGGAGAACGUUCAGGAGUCAGAAACGAUUCAGGACGAGUUAAACGAGAAUGUAGAAAGACUGAAAUCUGAACUGGUGGUCUUCAAGAGUCUCAUGAGUGAUCAAAUGUCCGACCUGGAUUCUAAGAUUCAGGAGAAAGCCAUGAAGGUGGACAUGGACAUCUGCAGGAGGAUUGACAUCACAGCCAAACUGUGUGACGUAGCUCAGCAGCGGAACUCAGAAGACAUGUCCAAGAUGUUCAACGUCAGUCCGUCCAGAGCACCAGCAGACAGAAUGGCUGUGGCAUGCAGAAAGAAGGAAAAUAAACCGUUAUCUGAUGAGGAAAGCUCUGAGAUGGAUGCAGAUCCCAGCACGUCUGAGGAAGAUGUCCCCUUUAACAUCACAGAUGAGAUGAAACGCAUGCUCAACCAGCUACAUUGUUCAGAUAACUCAUUUGUUGCUAGGAAGGAGACAUUCGACAUCGAUGAUGAUUGUGACAGUUUGACGUGGGAAGAGAAUGAUGAUACGCUGUUGCUUUGGGGAGAUUUGACAAACUACAACGUGCCCUGUGCACUUAACAACAGCACCGGCGCUUUAGACGGCAAUGGGGACGCACACGAUCCUAGCUCUCAGGAUGGCAGCCUGGGGAGUCUUAUAGAUGAGACUGAAUCUCUCUUCAAGACCAGAGAGCAGGAAUACCAGAAGACAAUUGGACAAAUUGAGAUGGAGUUGGCCACAGCUAAGAGUGACAUGAAUAGACACCUGCAUGAGUAUAUGGAGAUUUGCAGUAUGAAACGAGGACUGGACGUUCAGAUGGAGACGUGCAGGAGAAUGAUCAAGGGUGGCAGAAAUUCUCCUUCCUUCAGCUCCACAGCGAGCAGUGACUCAGGGAACACUGACGAGAUACAAGACGAGUCGGACAAGGACUGAGAGACGGACGGGCCAAUCAGCUGAUACCUGCCCAGCCUGGCACCGCCCCCUCCUUCCCCCAGUGUGCUCCAAUCAGCUUUCGGGACUCCCAGCAUUCGGCCAAUGGCAUUAAGUGGUCCCAGUACAAGGAAAUCUAAGGGACAGGGUCCACAAACUCCCACAAACUGAAAAUCCUGUAGGUGCUUUAAUUUCUCUGUGUCAGAGUGGGGCGGAGCUCAUGAGGGUUGUUUUUGUACUUCAUGUGUGCUGGACAGUGAUAUUGAUGUGUUACAAGGUGCCACCGCUGUGCAAUGCUCAACGCUAACAUCAUAGGACUGCCUGACUUUGAAUCCAACCAAUCCAAGCCAUCAUCCACUAAAUACAUUACAGAGUACACUAGGGUGACCUUCAGAGCCCCUUAGAGGACAGGGUAGUUUGGUUUCCAAUAAGUUUUGUUCCCUCGAAUAGUUUGCAUUCCCUUGCAAUAAGUUUUGAGUUCCCUCAAAAUAGUUUGCGUUCCCUCAAAUUAGAUUGCGUUCCUUCUCCAUAGUUUGCAUUCCCUCAAAAUUAUCUUCUGUCCCUUUGUAAUAGCUAUAUCCAUCCCAUACUAAACAUUAACCAUGGUUUUACUACAGUAACCAUAGUUAAACAAUUGUUUGUAGGAAACAUUUAUAUUUGUAGUAACCACAUAAUUGACCAUGGCUGAACUACAACAACCAUAUUUUAACCAUUAUAUUCUUGGUAAAAUCAUAGAAAUAACACAGGAAACCAAAACUAUGGUAACAACAACUAACAUAAAAAAAUGGUUAGUUUUACUAUAGUGACGUCAUGGUUAAUUUGUCCAUGAUUUGUUCAUAGUAAGAACCAAGGUGGUUACAUGGUUACUGCAGGUAAGGGCAUGGUUUUGAAAACCAUGGUACUUGUACCACAAAUUAACUAGGUGUUACCACAAACAACAUAGUACAGCUAUGGUUACUGAAGUAAAACCAUGGUUAAUUUCCAUAAGGGAUGGAUAAAGCUAUUGCGAGGAAACCCAAAACAAUUGAAAGGGAAUGACAAACAUAUUGUGAGGGAAUGCAAAACGUAUAAUGAGGGAACGCAAAACUCUUUCAGAAAAUGAAUUUCAUCCCUGUCCUCUUAGGGACUCCAUAAGGACCAGUUGACCAUUAGUUUGAAUGGUUUAUUUAUAGCAAUCAAAUUAGCUAAGAUUUAUUAUCUGGACAAAUGAGACGUGACUUGGAAAAUUUUGAUUAUCCUGAAUUUAUUGGGGCAUCUGGUCACUCUAGAAUACACAUAUUAAAUUUAGUCAGUCCCAAAUCCAGAGCCAUAGUCAUUCAUUAUCACCAGAUUUUCCAGAAACUGGAAAACACUUGUUAUUUGAGUGAAACGCAUAGUCUAUAGAUCAGAUAAGUUGGUUUGUGUGUUAGACCAAAACGGACUUUAAAGGAUAGUUCACCCAAAACUUAAAAUUAUUUCAUUAUUUAGUCACCAUCAUGAUAUCCCAGAUGUGUAUGACAAUCUUUC